AUGGCUACCACACUUUGGAAAGCUCGGGGCCUGCGGCCUCUUCUGUCCACACUGCUGCUGGCAUUUGCAGCUGGGAAGCCGUUCAUCUCUCUGCAGGGCCCAGCCCAGAGAGAAACCCCUUCCACUCCAGUGUCCUUUGACUGUACUGCUGGCCCGUUCAGCUCCAGGAACGUCAGUGUCAGCUGGUUGAAAAACAGGGAUGAGCACCCAGUCUUAGCGCCACACGUGGUGCCUGCCAACAAUCACUCUUAUAGUGUCACGAGCAAGGCCUGGGUGACACUGACCAAGCAAGACAGCUUGUCUCAGAUCACCUGCGAAGUCGCCCAUGCGGACCUCAGUGAGCCCCUGAAAAUGACCAUUAAUCUUUCUCAAGUGCUCCGAGUUAUCCCCACACUGAACAUCACCACGGAGCCCCUGGAGAUCCGUGUGCAGCAGAGAGUGAACUUGACUUGCCAUGUGAACCACUUCUACCCUCAAAAUUUGCACCUCGUCUGGGCUAAGAAUGGGCACAAGAUCCUGACCGUGGAGUUCCCCCGGGCCACCAGAAACUCGGACGGGACUUACUCUCUAACGCACACGUUACAGGAAGAUGCCCUACUGCAGAAGAGUGAGUUUACCUGCUGGGUGGUCCAGGAUGACCAGCCUCCGGUCAAGGAGAUCAUCACCCUGGAAGCUUCCAAAAAGGCCAAAGGAAGGAAAGACAGCUCUCAUCACCUUGAAGGCCCCCUGCACCGGUUUACACCUGGAACAAACAUCCAAUUGAAAUACAUGUCCUCUGCACUGUCGACGCGUCAGGUGACUGUGACCUGGCUGAAGAACAACCACAGCCUCCUCCAGACCCAGACCAGCGUCUUCUCCAGUGGGGACACCUACAAUGUAUCUAGCAUCGUUUCCAUCCCACUGGAGAGUGGCGACAUAUUAUCUUCAGUCCUCUGCCGGGUUGAGCAGAAUUUGUUAGUGGUUUUCCAGAAGGUCAUCUACUUGAACCAGUACCUCUGUGUUCCUCCUGCAGUGAGAGUGUCCCAGUCUUCGACCCUCUCUGGUCUGGUGGCUGUCACUUGCCACGUGCAGAAAUUCUAUCCACGGGAUGUGUUUCUCACCUGGCUGGAGGACUGCCAUGUGCUCAAGAGCGUGGAGCAACUUACACCUCGGAGGAACGUGGACGGGUCCUACACCCUGGAAGUCCUCAAAUUUGUAAACACAUCAGGGCAGUGGCCUGAUCAAGUACUCACUUGCAAGGUGGAACAUGAGGCGCAGCCUCCCAUCCAUGCCAGCGUCAUGCUGUCCUCAGUAUCCUACACCACGUGCAAAACCAUCGGGAGCCUAGGUUCAGAGAAAUCUAUCCAUAUUUUUCUGGCUUUCCUUGUGUGCUUCAAGGUACUUGUGGUGGAGCUCAAGUGGAGAGAAGACGCAAGGACCUGUUGGGGAUCCAAGCCUCUUGCUCUUCACUCUUCCACCUUCAGCACAGAUGCGCUCCCUCUGUACACUAAACUUGGAAUCCACAACAAAACGGUAAGGGCUUUUGGGGAGGAAUCAAUACAGACAACACUUACACACUACGAUGACCACUAUAAGGCUGUGGCCGAGGGGGAGUUUGAUUUAGAAAUUUCUGUGAGCGGACGCCAGCAUGCCACUGCGUGCUGUUGUGGUAAGCUUGCAGGGUUAACUCCAAAGCUGCUCGCCAACAGUCUCAAGACAGCCAUUGCUCAUUGCCUUCAGCGGGAAUAA